GGAUAAGGAAGAGAUUGCGGUUAUUUGAGCUCAAUAUAUAAAGGUGUCUCGAGACGCACCAUAGAAAAACCAAAUGCGAAAAUCCUCACGUGACAUUUGGCCUCACCACCAAUUUUUGAGCUUCCAAACAUCAUUGUCUACCUCGAUUCAACAUUCACCAAAAAGUACUUCUGACGUUCACCCAUUGAACAUUCAUAUGCAUCUUUGCCAGAACCUGAGAUCGGAGGCUAGUGACUGGCUGCACUCGAGCGACGAGCCAUGUCCCAUGGACUGGGUGAAAAGCUGACAAUUAUCCUAACGACAUCUCCUACUCCGUCCAUACCAUCUACAGAACUGAUCAGUGGCGUUCUCCGGUCUCUUCCUCCUAGCUUGUCUACUGUGCCAAUAAUCAUUACCUUCGAUGGCUUCACGGUAUGCCAAAACGACAAAUACCGAGAUGGACGAUUGAAGAAAGGCCAAGUGCCCCUGCAAAUGGCAGAAGCUUAUCCUGCGUACAUUGCAAAUGUCAAACGACUUUUCUCGCACCCAGAUGUUCCAGUGGUCCAGGAAGCUGCAUCUGAAGCCAUGACUAGCAGAAUCGAAGGAGAGCGGUGUGUGACAUUUAUUCAGCAUCAAACUCGCCAAGGGUUUGCAUUGAGUGUUGUGAGUGCGCUCAAAUGUUGUUCUACGCCUUUUGUCCUGGUGCUACAGCACGAUUGGGUUUUUGAGAUCGAACCACCAAUUCAGCAACUACUCACAAUAUUGCAAGACGAGCCCGACGUAAACUACAUCACUUUUGUGGCAAGGCAUUUCAAGCGAUACGAGCUGACGAUGGGCAAUUCAAACGUCCGGCUUCGUGCUGUCUUUGAUGCUGCCAAAGCCAUGAGGCAUGGUUCAGCAUGCGACUCAGAUCUUAUUGCCAAUCUCCAUUUCUACGACAGACCGCAUUUGGCUUCGGUGACCAAGUACUAUGAGAUACUGGAUACGUUUCCGAAACUCCGCAAAGGAGACUUUUUUGAGGACGCAAUCGGAACCAAAUUCUCGUAUUCAAUCAGCAAUGCUUGCUCGAAUGAGGAAGCUGUUCAGGCGUGGAAGAGAAUCGGAACCUGGAUAGAAAGCUCGGAAGCAGGCGUAUAUCACGGAGAAUCAUCUGGCAAAGCUUGAAGGCCGUCAGCCGCGACAUGCUGCUCCACUCAUUAACGCACGCAGUUCUGAACAUCAGGCGUGACGCAACGUGGGCCUGACACACAAACAUUAUCUCAAUCUACACCCAUCGUCAAUUUCGUGGGGAGAUAACAUCGAGGCAAGUCCGGCGCAGGAUCUGGGACCUCAUAUCGUCCUGUUUGACUUUCACCCGCAUAGCCGUCGAGUUUCUGGCCGGAAAGAAGAUCCUAAUAGGACAGCUUAUUGUGGACGAUGCAGUAAAGGGCUAGCAACCACCACAACUUACGUGACGUCUACAAUCGAUGAAAGCUUAAUGCGGAAGGGCAUUUUGUGGUCGCCGCAGACUCAAUGUGUCAAUAAGUGAUGGUUGGUGACGCCGAAGUGCAAGGAUCUCCCGGACCACAUCAUCCGUAAUUUGGCGAGAUCUCAAGGCUUGACAGAUGCACUGACUCUAUGCAGGUCAUGAGCUUAUAUAUACGGGCCAAAAAAGUACAAAUUUACAAUAUUCCACCCGUGUAUUUGAUACGCAGUGGCGACGUCGCGAUUGCUGUAAUUAGUCCCUGCAGUUUCAAGAUCAGACCAAAGCUGAC